CUCUUGUUACACACUUUAUUCAUUUUAUUAUUGUUUAUAAAUAUAUAAGUAUGUUAUGAUACACUAAUACUCUUAUUCUGUGACAUUACAGAGUUGUGUCCGAAAUUAAAUAUAGAGCUGAAGGUUCCAAAAUUCUUAGAAUGGCAGUAACAAUUAAGGAAAUAUGUGAUAAUAUAAGGCUGGCCCGGGAAAUGUCUAUGUUAGGAAAUUAUGAAAAUGCGGAAGUUUAUUUUGAAGGUUGUCUGCAGAUGAUCACCAAGCUCAUUUUAAUGAUAAGUGAACCUCUAAGGAAAAAUAAAUGGCAACAGGUACAAAAGAAAGUUAGUACUGAAUACGAAGAAGUUAAAAUGAUUAAAUCGAUGCUACAAAAUUUGAGACUAGAGACAAGCUCGGAAGUUCCUAUUGGAGCCAGAAGAAGGGAUGAACCUGUUAGAGAUUUUGGAGAUAUGAAUAAUGCUGAUCCAUUUUCACAAAAUGAUCCAGAUGUUUGGCCUCCACCUACACCUGUUGAUCACAACAGUAUUCCGAAAUCCAGACCUUCAGUUGUAAGAAAGUCAGAAGCCAAAAAGAUGCCAGUCUCAUCAAGAUCAAGCUCAUCUGCAGCAAGAAAAUCUGAAAUAUCUAGGUAUUCUAGGUCUGUUAAAAAGGAUGAUAGACCCACGUCUUCUCGUUCUGAGCGUGAUCAGAAAGAAUCAGAAAGUGGAGACAAAACUGAGAAGCCUGAAACUGAAGAAGAAAAGAAAUUUGAAUGUCACAUCUUGGAUAGAGAAUUAGCUGAUACUUUAGAAAGGGAUAUUAUUCAAAAAAACCCUAAUGUACAUUGGGAUAAUAUUGCUGAUCUUCAGGAGGCCAAAAGGUUGCUAGAGGAAGCUGUUGUAUUGCCUAUGUGGAUGCCCGACUUCUUUAAAGGAAUAAGAAGACCUUGGAAAGGUGUACUAAUGGUUGGUCCCCCAGGUACCGGGAAAACUAUGUUAGCAAAAGCGGUAGCAACGGAAUGUGGUACAACAUUUUUCAAUGUUUCGACAUCUACUUUGGGCUCUAAAUAUCGCGGUGAAUCGGAGAAAUUGGUUCGAUUAUUAUUUGAAAUGGCACGUUUUUAUGCACCGAGCACUAUAUUCAUCGAUGAAAUCGACUCGCUUUGCUCAAGACGAGGCUCGGAAUCCGAACAUGAAGCCUCUAGACGAGUUAAAUCGGAAUUAUUGGUGCAAAUGGAUGGUGUUACUGCCAGUGAUGAGCCAGGUAAAGUCGUAAUGGUUUUAGCCGCAACCAACUUCCCUUGGGAUAUAGAUGAAGCUUUACGACGUAGAUUAGAGAAACGAAUCUACAUCCCGCUACCCACACAGGAAGGCAGAGAAGCUCUGCUAAGAAUCAACUUAAGCGAAGUCAAGCUGGAUCCAGAUAUCAACCUGAAGACCAUUGCUAGACGUCUCGAUGGUUUUUCAGGAGCUGACAUUACCAAUGUCUGUAGGGAUGCUUCGAUGAUGUCGAUGAGAAGAAAAAUAUGUGGAUUAAGACCAGACCAAAUCAGACAGUUGCCCAAAGAAGAACUAGACUUGCCAGUUACUAUGAAGGAUUUUGAGGAGGCAUUGGUUAAGAAUAAUAAGAGCGUUAGUAAGGAAGAUUUAGAAAAGUAUGAACGAUGGAUGAGUGAAUUUGGAUCUUCUUGAUUGGGAUUUUAAUCCUGUAUGAGGCAUCGGUUAUAACUUAUGUUCUUCUUAAUAUAGCUCAAAUUUAAUUAAUGUAAUAUGUUUAAUAAGUUUGUAAAAUAAUACUCAUUAUCGAUGGAAAUGUGACACUAUAUAGAGUUUAAACAUAUCUUACACUUCAACUUUUUCGUGAAUUAUAUGUUGUUUCUGAUAGAGAAAACUGAAAAAUGUAUUCACAUACUUAAUACCUACGAAGUAUUACCAUCUUGUAGUAAAAACGUUUAUCUUAACUAAACUCUUCACCCAAAAGCGCAGAGUAACCCAGCAAGGUAUUACUCUAAGCAUAAGGUACAAAUAUACAGUAUGUCCCUGUAAGCUGGAACCAUAUGGAAAACUUUUUUAUUAUUAAUUUUACGAAAAAAAGAUAUUCUUCAUAAAAAGUUCUACAUGGUCUAAAACCUAUGAUUCAACCAUCAGAUAUCACAGUUUAUGUAUACAGGGUGUUUCAUUAAUAAUUGUCCAUAUAGUAACUGGAGAAACCUCUAUUUAAAAACUAUUUUUGCUCAGCAUUUUAAAACUAUUCGACGUAUCCUUUUCAUACUUGACAGAAAGUGCGACUACUACACACCCUACUAAAUUAUGAUGAAAAACGUUUCUAGCUACUACCAGAGGCGUACGACAGGGGAUAGUGAAUGGUUGACCCACUCAAAUUGGUUGAACCUUCUAAAAUUCUACGCCACUGGAGUAAUGACUAUUUUAGUAACAUUUUUAGAUUCUCCAAUACUUUCUACGUAAAUACUAUACUCUUCAUUGGUAACGAUAAAGUCAUUAGUUUUCGAGAUAUUUGAAGUUAAAUAUGAAACGGCACAGUUAUUUUGAUUAAUUUAUGAUAUUAUGAUUCAUAUGAUUAAAAUGUAAAAAUUGUUUGUACCCAGUACUUUAAAACUAUUUGACGUAUUCUUAUCAUACUUGGCAGAAAGUGUGGGUACUGUACACUCUACUAAAUUUAGAUAAAUAAACGUUUCUAGCUACUACCAGAGGCGUACGACAGGGGAUAGUGGCUGGUUGACACUUCCCAAAUUCUACGCCACUGACGAAAUUGCUAUUUUAUUGUAAUUUUUUGAUUUUCCAAUACUUUUUAUGUAAAUAAUAUACUGUUCAUUCGUAACGAUAAAAUGAUUAGUUUUCGAGAUAUUUGAAAUUAAAAAUGAAGCGACACAAUACAUUAAUCAAAAUAACCGUGUCGUUUCAUUUUUAACUUCAAAGAUCUCGAAAACUAAUGACUUUAUCGUUACGAAUUAAGAGUAUAUUAUUUUCCUAGAAAGUAUUGGAGAAUCUAAAAAUUGAACUAAAAUAGCAAUUCCGCCAGUGGCUUAGAAUUGGGAAAGGGUCAACCUUCACUUUCCCCCGUCGUACGCCUCUGGUAAUAGCUAGAAACGUUUGUUGAACAUAAUUUAGUAGUUUGUACAGUACCUAGAGUUCCUGCCAAGUAUGAAAAGGAUACGUCGAAUUGUUUUAAAAUGCUGAGCAAAAAUAGUUUUUAAAUUUUUAGAUAAAACACCCUGUAACUCAGUAAGGAACCACAUUUUAUUCAAGUGUUUUAGGUUUAAUCUUCGUAUUUUGUGCUAAGGUUUCUCCAGUUACUAUAUGGACAAUUAUUAAUGAAACACCCUGUAUAAUACGAGGUAUGUCAAAAAAUAUGAAUUUCGCCCAAGAGUAAAAGCUUUAUUUUUCACAAUAUUAAAAAUUGUUAUUAUGAAAAGUUGUUUGGAAUUAAGAACUAUAUUCUAUUAUGCAAUUACAUCCUUCUAAUUGAAAAAAAAUUGAAAAUUUUUCUUAAAUAAUUCUGAAUAAUCAACAUUAUUUUCAGUUAUUUCAAUUAUGAUAACUCAUUUAUUAUUAGUUUUACGAAAAAAAGUUAUACUUUAUAAAAUAUUCCGCACGGACUAAAACCUAAAAUACAACCAUCUUAUAUCAAAUUUAAUCAGUUUUAUACGAGGUGUGUCAAAAAAUAUGAAUUUCGCUUAAGAGUAAAUAAAAUACCUUUAUUUUUCACACUAUCGAAAAUUGUGACUGAAAAGUUGUUUAAAAUUAAAAACUAUGUUUUAGUAUGUAAUUACAUCCUUCUAAUUGAAAUAUUCUGAACUAUGAGUUCUUAAGGUACUUUACUUUUGAUCGAAAUUCAUCUUUUUUGACAUACCUAGUAUAAAAUUGAUAAUAUGUAUUUGAUAUAAGAUGGUUGUAUUUUAGGUUUUAAACCAUGCAGAACUUUUUAUAAAGGAUAACUUGUUUUCCUAAAAUCAAUAAUAAAAAAGUUAUCAUAAUUAAAAUAACUGAAAAUAAUGUUUAUCCAUAAUUUAAGAAAAAAUUUCAACAUUUUUUUUUAAAUAGAGGGGUGUAGUUGCAUAUUAGAAUAUAGUUCUUAAUUCCAUACAACAUUUCAUAAUAACAAUUUUCAAUAUUGUGAAAAAUAAAUCUACUUUACUCUUGAACGAAAUUCAUAUUUUUUUUGACAUACGUCGUAUAAUAUUUAUAAAAUUUGAUAUCUGAUGGUUGAAUCUUAGGUUUUAGACCAUGCAGAACUUUUUAUGGAGAAUAAUUUUUUUCGUAAAAUUAAUAAUAAAAAAGUUUUCCAUAAAUAUGGUUCCAACUUACAGGGACAUACUGUUUUAACUAUUUAGAAUGGGAAAUAAGCCACAUUAUAAAUAAUAAUAGAAAUAACCCAUUCUAAAUAGUUAAAAUUGUAAAAAUGCCACAAGAAAAUAGCUUCGGGACAUACUGUAUAAUUGUAACUUGGAACAGCUCAGUAGUUAUCGUAUUUGUUAAGUUUUGAAGCCAUGUUUCAGGCUUUCUUGUUAUAAAUUUCACCUUAAAUAAUGAAUUGAAGUAAUCCAUAUUAAAUUAUUUCCUCACGGUGUGGUCCAGAUAUUCUAGUUCUCAUCAUGUAAUCGUAUAUAAGAUGUAUUGGAUGCAGAAUCUCGAAAAUUAUAUAACAUAGUUUUUAAAAUCUUCACACACAAAUUAAUUAUCAAAAUUAUUUAAAACACUAAGAAUUUUAGCUUGUUAGGAAGAACUUAAUUAUUACCUGAUUUUAUUAUGAAGGUGUAAUUUAUAUUGUUAACAGUACUUAUAUAUAAUAAUUUAUUAUAGUAAUAUUAAGGAUGAUUUUAAACUGUUCUAAUUCAAAUCUAAAUGAGUGGAUAAUUAAUCCAUUAAAGGAUCACUGCCAUAACACUCUUAAAUUAUUUCAUGAAAAUAUAUAAUUGUUUUUUCUAGCAAUCGGAUCCUUUUGAACAAUACUGGUUUUCAUUUUAUAGACCUUAUUAUCAAUUAUUGUUUUGUUUGGUAUAACCUGUAUUUUUUUAUUCUAUAUUUUUCUCUGAAGAUUUGCUUACACUAGAAUAUUAUCGUUUUAAUCCAAUACUAUUAAUAGAUAAUAUUGGGCUGAUGAUACAGUGCUUUCAUAAAGUGUGGAAACGGUCUAUUAUCUCAUGACUUAAUUAUUUUCAGAGUUAAAGCUCUGACAGGUCGAUUUUUAUUUUUAAAUUUUGAUUUUUUGAUGUAUAUCCCAUAAAUAGUGACGUCAUCGAUUUGGUCAUGAUGACGUCAUCGAUGAUUUUUUUAAUGGGAAUAGGGGUCGUGUGGUAGCUCAUUUGAAAGGUGAUUUAAUUCUCUAUUCAGUAAUAUAAACACUAACAUCAAUACUUAUACAGGGUGGCCAAAAUCAUUUUUGAAUUAAAUUAAUUGACGCAAAAAGAAGAAUGUAUGUAAUUUAUUUAACUUAAAAUAGAUUUUACUGGUGCCAAAAAAUAUAAAAAAAAUGUUUAUUUCAUAAAUAAACAUUGCUUUUCACUUAAAUUAAAUGCCAAACAGCCACCCACCUGCCUCUUAGCAGUUUGAACGAAUUUAAGCGAAAAGUAAUGUUUAUUUGUAAAAUAAACAUUUUUUUCUCUUUUCUUGUAGCAGUAAAAUGUAUUUUGAGUUAAAUAAGUUACAUAUUUUUCUUUUUGCUGCAAUUAAUUUAAUUCAAAAAAUGUUUUUUGCCACCUUUGAAGUGAGCUACCACACGACCCCUAUUUCCAUUUAAAAAAAAUCAUCGAUAAUGUCAUUUGAUUUAUAAAAUAAAAUUUUGAUAUUUUAUAUAUCAAGUGAAGGAAUAUAUAAAAACAGGAAGUAACCCUAAAAAAAGCAAAAUGCGAAUAAAAAAAUGGACAAAAUAAAAAAAUAUAUUAAAAAAGGUAGGUGAGAAAACCGAGUUCUGGGGUGCAGCUGCACCCCACACCGCCUACGAGGGUUAAGAAUCACGCUAAUUAUACUAAAUUCUUAUACAGUGUCUUUAAUCGUUUGAUGGAAUGUAUGGAAUUUAAAGUUUUGAAAAUAAAUGCAUUUUGUGUCAGAUCUUAUCAUGUCAUACGUCAAUGGAGCUCCUAUUUUGAAAAUUAAUAUACAUACAAGUAACGAUUUUUAAUACAAUAUCACUACAUCAAAUAAACUAAACAGCGUGAAUAUUCUAGUAUGUAACUCCAUUAUUCAUGAUUACUGUUCGUUUUUAAACUAAAAGACUGCAACCGUAAAUUUUUUUCAACUAUUAAAUAGGUCUUUUCAUCACAAAAUAGUGUCAGCCAUUUUUUUCGUACAGUUUAUUGUAAAAAUGUUGUAAACAAACUUAAUAUUGUACUUAUUUAUUUAUUAUCACUUUAUUUUAAAUGAAAACUCUUAAUUUAUGUUCUUUAUUUUGAACGUAUUUACACACACUUAUUAUUUAUUCUAUUUAGAAUAAUGUUUAACACAUAUACUAAAAACAUACAUUGAGCGUUAUUAUAAAUUUUUGCGAAUUUUUGGCAUUGUUUAAUUUUUACGAACUUUACAAGAAAUAAGAACGCUAUAAAUCAUUUAAAGUAUUAUUUUAUAAAUGAAUUUCUUUAUAAACAAUCUCGUGCUUUACAAACAAAAUGUUAUUUGUAUUAAAUACUAUGCAUUUGUCAUUUGUAGCCUAAAGAUUUUAAAUUAUAUUUAUAUUUUAUUGAAUAUACACUAUAAUAAUAAUUUUGUUAAUUAAUAUAUUUCGGCAAGUAAUAAAAAUCGAUUGACAUGAUUAAUUGGAAUAAAAAAGUAUAGAUAUUAUUUGUGUAGUAAACAAGUAGUGAUGCAUAACCUUUCAAUUGUUGAUCAAAACUGUACGAAAACGUGGCGGCUGCGCAUGCGCUCAUCACAUGAUGAAAAGGUCUAUAAUGAAUGGCAGGAACUUCUAUGUUUUAUGUUUGAUGUUUCUGACAAUGAUUCUGUCAAAUUUUUCCCGAGCUCGGUGGAAUCGACUAUAUCAUUAGUUUUCACUAAUAUCUAUCAGAUGAGUGCUACAAUAACUUUGUACAGGAAUUUAAUGUUCACCAUUGGCGCGCAUACAGGUAAUAUCACCCUUAUGUGCGCCAAUGGUGAACAUAAAAUCCUUAAUUGUAUGUCAAAAAAUGCACAAUAACUACCUCUUAAAACUCACCAAAUUUCAUGUGCAUAUUUCAACCGGUUUCAGAGCAAUAAAUAAAUCGUCAGUUUGUAAGAAACAUUCCAACACCCUCUAUCUCGGAAACGAAGUAUUUGCGGACAUACGUUUAUAAAGCAAACUGUCAUUACUUUUUCAUGCAUAAUUACCCCUUAAAGUUUGCCUUACUUAUUUAAAAAUACCCUGUAUUGAUGAAAAACAAGGCUAGUUGUUAAAGUACCUAACUUUUUUAUUAUCCAACAUAAGCGAAUUAAUCAAAAAACAGAAUGUUAAUAAAACAUGAGGCUAUAGUUGGGUUUUAAUUUCAGUAUUUUAGAAAUGCUAGAAUAUUCCACAGGCUGACGCGAACUUUAAAAAAAAAUCACAGUUUGAUUGGUACACCCGGUAUACAAUGACAAUUUACCUGCCUAGCAACAAUAUUAUUACAGCGAUAUUGUUAAAUAAUAAGACUAUAACAUGUUAAAAAAAAGAAUGUGUGUACUUUGUACGCACGUCAGAAGUUAUACUUCUAUUAUAUGAUUUCAACGAAAUCAAUAUACUUUAAACAGUUUCUCUACUACUUUCCAAAAAUUUUUAUUAAAACAAUACCAAAAAUUAAAAAAAUUAAAGAAUAAAACACGCACAAACACAUUGAAAAAUGCCACAAAUGAUUUCUGAACAAUAAUUGUUGCCAAAAAUUUUAAUUAAAUACGUAUGUUCUGAAAAAAAUUAUAUAAUAAUAUACUUACAAUCAUAAAAUCUAUAAAAAAAAUAAACAAAUAACUUGCUUGGGGCUUGAACCCACUUCACGUCUAUCGCGCCGUACGAAAGUCGAAGCGAUUUCCUACUGCACCACCUUCGCGUAUACGUCAUGGGGAAUAUACACAAACUAAACGUUUACAUCAUAAACUUUUUGACAUUUUGUUUAUUUAUAUGAAUUUAAUCAAAUUAUUAGUUUGAUUUUUGUCGAAUUAACAUGCAACAAAAUAUGGAGUAAGAAAACGAUAUAUUAGAUGAAGAUUUGUAGAAAGUUUGUUCGUAAUCAGAUUAUGUAAAUUAAAGCAUUGCCUACUAAUAGGUAACUACAUUAUUUUUUUUUACAUUUUCCAAAUAGAUAGGUAUGAAGAUAAUUUUUUAUUGGAAUACAACUGAAACAUUUAGAAUUACGUACCUGCGGCUUUUCAAAACUAUUUAAAAAGUCACUAUAAUUAUAAAUUUGAUUUUAUUUCUGUCCUCGCAACAAUAAAAACUAAUAUAUACAAUAUUUUUGUUUACCGAUAACCUCCAUAUUGAACAAUUAUUGACAGAUCAUUUUAACACCCAAUCAGAGCCCGUAUAACGACUAAUACAAUACUGUCGGUGUGCGCAUGCGCGCAGAUUAAUAAAAUUUCACCCUCAAUGAAAUCGCGCCUAAAGAAGUAUAACUUCAAAAAUCACUUAAAUUAGACAACAGGUUUAGGAAAUUCGAGACAUUAAAAAUGACCAAUUUUUAAGGUAGUGCGUUAAUAUUUUGGAGAAAUGUAUGUAUAUGGUUUAGUUAUAGUUGCUAGUUUUAUUGUUUCUUUGUUAUAUAAUAAUUAUCGUUUUGUCUGUAGAUCUUGAACAUUUUUCAAUAUAAUCCAAUAAUAAAAAGUAAGUAGAAAUAAAUUGGAAAAGAAAACCAAAUCAACCAAUUUAAAGAUCAUUAGUUAUGUAGCUCUUUUAUAAAUUACUGUAGCCUUUUAUCAAGAUAACAGAAAAUAAAUCAAGUUGUUUAAAAAUGACAGUUGUAUGCUUUUCAACAAUGUAUAUUACUAAAUAAAAUUGUAAAAAAUU